AUGGUGAAUACAUUGGCAGAUGUUGGAGUCAUACACUCAUCUGUGUGUAGCAAUUACAAGUCUAAUUCACCGCCUUCAGUACCUUCGUCGCCAACUCAAGCAAAGAAAAAACACAAGAGGCGAGGACCAAGACUUACUGGAGUUAGUAAACAAAGAAAGUCAGCGAACGCAAGGGAGAGGACCAGAGUACAAGUUAUCAACAGCGCCUUUGAGACUUUGCGGGAUUUAAUACCUCUACUUCCAACAGAGAAACGGCCAUCUAAGAUAGAAACAGUGCGACUGGCAGCGCUUUACAUUCAUCAUCUAACGGAAUUGUUGAAAAAUAAUCGAAAAUGUGAGUCCACUCUCACGAAACCUCAAGGAAAAACUGACUCGUUCAGAGUUAUUGUCAAAGAGGAAAAUGUUUCUGAUUCAGAUUAUUAA